AUGGACUGGGACUUUCUCGUGGGGGCACCGAUGCCUCCCCAGAGCCAACUGCUACAUGGUUGCUUCCUUGAGGCCGACAGGGCAGACCGUGUUGCCCAAGGACUUGAUGCCCUCCGAGUUGCCCUGGCUCAGUCCUUCCAUGGGCACAUGAUCCCAAUCAUUGAAGAAAUUCGGCAGUCCGGGCGAAACCUUCGCGAACUUGCAGACCGCGGCCACGUUCACGCAUCGAGAGUACCAAUCGUUACCAACUACCUCAACGUUGUUCUGCCGUGCCUGUCAAAAUCACUCAGGGAUAUCGCAACCUACUACGACGAUAAGACGGUCACCCGCGAGCUGCGAUGGCGCAAGAUGUACCACGAGAUGAAGAAGGAAGCCGACAUGGAGCUCUUCCAGAGGUUCCUGCUGUACAACCGGUUCCUGUCGCUGCUCGUGCUGCUGCUCAGCAGAGAGAAGGCUCAAGACCGGACCCAGCUCGAGCUCCAACGGGCGCGGAUCAUGACGCUCCGGGAGCGGCAAGGCCUGCCGGCGCCGACGCAGUCGCCCGUCACGGAGCUCAUCCGGCAGGAGGGGGCGAUGGUGCCGCUGAUGCGCGAGAGGCCCCACUGGGCCGAGCAGGUGUUCGCGGCCCCGCUCAGCUCGCGGACCGACAUGCACGGGCCCCUGCGAUCCUACGCCCGGGGCCCGUUCAUCCCCGCCGGCGACGGGGCCCGGCACAUGCCGGACGCCGCGAGGGUGCUGCUCCGGCGCUCCUUCGACAGCGACCGCCUCGGCAUGAUGAUCAUCCUCAACGCGGCCAACGGCGGGCCGUACUUUGUCCUCCGCGUGUACGACGGCGGCGCGCAGUUCUUCUCCUUCCGCGGCAUCCACGAGAUAUGCGUGCACCAGGCCGGGAACAGCCUCCGGCUCAAGAGGUGGAGCCAUUCGAUCCAGGGCCCCAAGCUUUGGGCAGUCCUGGGCUUCAUCACCUGGGAAGAAUUGGUCCUCUUCCACUGCACAUUCAUCGCCUUGAAGGCCCGGAAUAACCUGACGGUCAGCAUGGAUCCACGGGAAUACAAGUUCUACGACGAGAAACGCUUGUUCCAAGCACAAAUCAUCGACGAUGACUACCAGCACUCCCUAAUAGUCUACGAGGACACCAGGACGCGAGGCAUGCGCCUCCACGCCGCAGUCUGGGACGGCGAGCUGCGAGCGUGCCCGGUGUGGACCGCCUUCGUCACCCACCAGUCCGCCUCGAGCCGCUGGCUCACCCGCAAGUCCAAGCACCGCGUCUGGAUCAACGAGAUCAAGCUCUACGUCUUCUGCGACAAGUACAAGGAGGCCAACAUGCGCCGCAACAAGGCCGGCGCCUUCGAGAUCCAUUUCGUCAGUGACGAAGAUCAAGCUGCCGGGCGGUUCAAGGAGGUCUUUUAUCCUGCGCCGGCCCCCGCGUCCCAGGGUGACGGCGAGUGA